UCCCUCCGCGCUUUUCACUCGCCUUCCACUCCCGUUUCUGUGAAUCGACUCGUCCCAAAAUCUGGCGCAGUGCCAGGAACCGACCUCUGGCAGCCGGGAAUGUACAGUCCGAGCUUAUGCCGGUUCGAAUUCGGGGGGCUUAAAAAAAGGAAUUUGGUUCCGGUUCGGUUUUUAUACAACUAUUACAAACUGCCGGUGUCUCCCAACCGGUCGAAAAGACGAACCGACAAGCGAACCGGUUUUAUUUUUGUUCCAUUAUCCUAAUCCCUCCCUAAAAGAACUUUUUAAUUUGAAUUUUGAAUGGUGUGAUUUGUACUAGUUUGGAAUCCUUUUUUUCUUUUUUUUUCUGUCACUCCCCGCACUGAAACCAUCAUAGACACCUUGAGGAAAGAUGCCGAGGCCGACGGAGAGCCGCCGUCAUGCCAUGGUCGCCGCGACGCCCCCCGUGGCCCCCAGAGGAACGAGGUCCGUCCAGCACUCGUCGUCCUCCUCUCACUAACAUGAUUUGGAACACGCCCAACUGGCCGCUCCUGCUUCUUCUGCUCGCCUACGUUCGAGGGUUCGAGAGCGGCAUGGAGAAGCGAAUGGGCCCCGUGUUCAUCUCUGAGCCUCCUUCCCAGGUAGACUUCCUGAACACGACGGGGGCGUCCGUGGACUGCCUGGCCUACGGAAAUCCGAGUCCGCGGGUCCGGUGGCGACUGCGUGAUGGAUCCCUCGCGGACAACGUUCCCGGACUCCGGCAAAUCCUGCCCAAUGGAACGCUGGUGUUGUGGCCAUUUCGGCCAGAGCACUAUAGGCAGGACGUGCAUGCGGACGUGUACAGAUGCGAGGCGGCCAACGUCGUGGGCACCGUGCUUAGCAGGGAUGUUCACGUCAGAGGAGUGGUGAAGCAGUACUACGAGGUGCAGGUGUACGAUGAGUAUGUCAUCCGCGGCAACACGGCCGUACUCACGUGUCACGUACCGAGCUUCGUAAAGGACUACGUCACAGUCACUUCGUGGAUUAGGGACGAUGUGCUCACAGUUGCCUCCACCAUGCAAGAAGGCGGAAGGUACAGCGUGUUUCCUUCGGGCGAGCUUCACAUCCGAAACGUGACCCCAGAUGAUGGAUCCAUGAGUUACCGCUGCCAGACCAGCCACCGCCUCACUCAUGAAAUCAUCGUCAGCGCAACCUCGGGCCGACUCAUAGUAACAGAUUCGAGUGGUACAGUUCCUCCCCGUGUGACAGACAGCAGGACUGCCUUGUCAGCAGUUCAGGGUGAUGUGGUGGAAUUGCCGUGUGCAGCUCAGGGGUUUCCCGUGCCUAGGUACAGUUGGUAUAAAUAUGCUGGAAGGAAUAACUCGCAACUUCUUCCGGUGUAUCAUGAUCCCAGAAUGACCCAGCUGAGUGGUUCUUUGAUAAUUCGGCAAGUGAAUUUGGAGGAUGGAGGGAAAUAUGUCUGUUUGAUUAGUAACAGUGCUGGAGAAGAACGCACAGAAAUGCUUUUAAUUGUUACAGCUCAUCUCACUGCCCAUAUCCAGCCCCAACAGCAAACAAUCGAUGUUGGUCGACCUGCAAAAUUUAAUUGUUCUUUUGCUGGACACCCAGUGAAUGGCAUUUCUUGGUUUAAAGAUGGCAAUCCUUUGUUUGAAGAUGGUGUUAGAAUCAAAUUGUCAUCCAGAAUUUUGCUGACCAUCAUUUCAGUACAGAGAGAAGACAGUGGCAUGUAUCAGUGUUUUGUUUUCAAUGACGUCGAGUCUGCUCAGGGAACUGCUCAGCUUUUGUUAGGAGAUGCAGCACCAGUUUUUCAUUAUGUGUUUACAGAAGAAACUCUGCAGCCGGGACCAUUUGUAUCCUUAAAAUGCGUGGCAUCUGGAAACCCCUUGCCACAAAUCACGUGGACUCUUGACGGUUCUUUAUUACCUGAAGACCAGCGGUUUCGUGUUGGGGACUAUAUUACAAUGCAGGGCCGCGUUGUAAGUUAUGUAAAUAUUACUUCUGUUCGCGUGGAGGAUGGUGGUGAGUAUGAGUGUCAUGCGAGGAGCUCGGUGGGUAUUGUGAGUCAUGCAGCUCGGCUCAAUGUCUAUGGAUUGCCCUACAUCCGUCCAAUGAAGGACGUGUCGGCGGUUGCAGGAGAGAGCCUCAUGCUUCGCUGUCACGUUGCAGGAUAUCCAAUUGACACAAUCACCUGGCAUCGAGGAAGCAGUAGGUUGCCCAUCAAUCGUAGACAGGAAGUGUUCCCAAACGGCACACUUAUCAUACAAGAUGUUCAGAGAGGAGUGGAUGAUGGGACCUACAAAUGUAAAGCCUGGAAUAAGCAAGGGCAAAAUGCUUUUGGUACUGUGCGUGUGCAUGUUAUGGUGAGGCCUGUUAUUGAUCCUUUUUUGUUCCCCAAAAACCUCCAAGAAGGUAUGCGUUCCCGCCUUGUUUGUACUGUGAUUCAAGGAGAUCCCCCCUUCGUCAUUAGCUGGAAGAAGGACGACAGACCCAUUGAGCCUGGUCUUGGUGUUAUUAUUCGAAACGAUGAGUUUUCAAGUGAUUUAACAUUUUCUAGUGUUACGCCUCGUCACAAUGGAAACUAUACUUGUAUUGUUAGUAAUGCUGCUGCCUCUGUCAGUCAUACUGCUACGCUUGUUGUGGAUGUUCCUCCUCGUUGGCAUGUUGAACCUCGGGAUACUUCUGUUGUUUCUGGGCGAAAUGUGCGAAUUGAUUGUUUAGCAGAUGGUUUUCCUGCUCCUGUGAUAACCUGGGAGAGGGGGUCAGCCAACUCUCCUCGCCACUAUUCCGCCAUAGCCAGUGGGCCCCAUUACGAGGUCUACGCCAAUGGUUCCUUGCUUAUAAAAAACGCCCAAGAAGAUGAUGCUGGGUAUUAUCUGUGCCAAGCAAGCAAUGGCAUUGCUUCUGGCCUUAGUAAAGUAGUCUUCCUUACUGUUCAUGUGCCGCCACGUUUCGACAACAAAUUUCGUAGCGAGACAGCGCGCAAGGGUGAUGUCGUGAGACUGAAGUGCGAGUCUACCGGAGACCAUCCGAUGACAAUCGUGUGGAACAUUGAUAAGCAACCGCUCACUCCUUCUGAGGACCCGCGUAGGUACGAUCUGAAAGAAUUGGUGGACAAAAAACGCAUGUCUUCUGAAAUUACAAUCAAGUCAGCCGAGAGAAGGGAUUCUGCCCUAUUUACGUGCCUUGUUAGAAAUGCAUUCGGUCAGGAUGAUAUGAAUAUUCGACUUAUAGUACAAGAGCCACCAGAGCCUCCACGUGAUGUACGUGUACUUGAACACAAAAGUCGCACAGCCAAAAUUUCUUGGUCUUCUCCAUUCAAUGGAAAUAGUGCCAUUAUUAGAUACUUAGUACAAUGUAAAUCAGAAUCAGGUGAUUGGGAUUCUGGUAUACAAAAUAUCACCACAGGAAGUGAAGAAACUAGUAUUACUCUAAGAGGACUGCGUCCUGCCAGAACCUACUAUUGUAGGGUGAGGGCAGAAAAUUCUGUUGGUCUAGGAGACCCGAGUGAACCUGUGACUGUUGUUACUACUGAAGAAGUUCCUGGUGGCCCUCCUUUAGAUGUAAAAGCAGAAGCAGUGGAUUCACAAUCAGUGAGAGUUACUUGGAGGCCUCCCGAUGUUGAAUUAUGGAAUGGACCUAUCAAGGGUUACUAUGUUGGUUAUAAAGUUUUUGACUCCAAAGAUUCCUACCUAUACAAAACUUUGGAAGUUGGGCAGGGAACCAGAGAGGAAGUUUUACUUACCCAGUUGCAGAAGUUUACUAGUUAUAGUGUAUUAGUGCAAGCUUACAACUCGAUGGGGGCAGGUCCACGCUCUGAUGAGGUCAUAGUUCGAACACUGGAAGAUGUUCCUGGGCAGGCACCAAGCGAUGUCAAAUGUAUAUCUCCCACAUCUCAAAGCUUACACAUAUCGUGGAGUGCUCCCCCUCCAUUCUCUAUUCAUGGAGUUCUUCAAGGUUAUAAAGUUCUUUUUCGACCGGCAGAAACGUUGGCUGGUGAUGAAGAAUAUGAAGAAAGAACCAUUUCAGAGCAAGAGAUCAAGUUGACAAAUUUACAUAAAUUUACUAAUUAUACUGUGAUAAUUAUGGCUUUUACCCAAAAAGGUUUUGGUGUUAGAAGUGAUCCAAUAUUUUGUUCCACUCUAGAGGAUGUUCCCGGACCGCCUGCAGAUAUCAAAGCUGUUGUUAUGUCUUCAGAUACUAUUCUUGUUAGUUGGAAACCUCCUUUACAUUCAAAUGGUUUAAUUACUAAAUUUACAUUAUAUUGGCGUAGCUUAGCCGUUGGUGCCAAGAAUGAAUCUGUUAUAAGAGUUCCUUCCAAUCUGUAUCAGUACAAAGUUUCAAAUCUGCUAGACAGGUCUCGACACGAAUUCUGGGUCACAGCUUCAACUUCCAGAGGAGAAGGCGAACCUACAAGAGCUGUGUCUCAGACCACAAGCAGCAGAGUUCCUGCAAGAAUUAUGGACUUUGGAGAGAGCAUUAUUACUGUGCCUGGAGACAAGGUAGUUCUAUCUUGCCAAGCUGUUGGCUCUCCUGUCCCAAAGAGAGAAUGGAAAUUCAGGAAUGAGCCACUGCCUAAAAUGCAUAGAAUAGAAGUCCAUUCUGAUGGUGCACUAAUAAUCAGAAAAUUGCAGGUUUCAGAUAGUGGCAAUUAUUCCUGCCGGGUUCAGAAUAGGCAUGGUUCAGAUGAAAUCAUCUAUGCUCUGUCAGUUACAGACUUUCUGUAUACAGAGCCUGUUCCAUCGCACGUUCCACUAGUAAAAGUUCUAUCAACUACUGCAAAUUCUGUUUUAUUAGAGCUUCCACAGUCCAAAGAGAGAGCAAUAGCAAGAGGGCAUGAAUUGCACUAUAAACCAGAAGGGGGUGAAUGGCUGCAGAGAAGGCUCCUUAGCAAAAAUCAUACUUAUAAAUUGGAGGGCCUGGAAUGUGGUGUUAAAUAUCAGCUGUAUGUGGUCCCUUUAACUAGUGAAGGAAAAGGAGAAAGAAGCAACCCAAUAUCUUUUAAGACUCAGGGUUCAGCUCCUGUUGCUCCCAAACAAGAAGAUAUGAUUUUCACAAAUUCUACCCAUCUUGUUCUCCAUUUAUCAAGCUGGCAAGGUGGAGGCUGCUCAAUUACACGAAUGAGCAUUGAGUAUCGGCCUCAUAGUCACAGUCACUGGACUGUUUUAACUGACCAUGUUAAUCCAGAGCAGCAACACCAGUUGGUUGUACCAGAUCUUGCACCUGAAACAUGGUAUGUUGUUAAAGUUGUGGCAUUUAAUGCAGCUGGAUCGACUACUGCUGAAUAUGAUGUUAUCACUCUGACCAACACAAAUGCUUUUCCUAUCCCAGAUCAUGGAACUCAAGGUCACAUGCCUUCAGCCACGUCUUUUUUUGAAGACACUACAACUCUAGUUUCGAUGGCUUCGUCUGGAGUCGUUCUGAUAGCUGGUAUCGUAGCUGUUGUGUGUUUGGUCAUGUAUAAAAGGAGAAGAAACUCUGGGCAUCAUUACAGAGGUAAAUCUGCAUCUAGGUCUGAUGUUGCUACAACUACCGCCCUCAUGGCACAUAUAGACAAGAAAACAGGAAGAUCGGAAUCUAAUCGGCAUAGCCACAGUCACAGUCAUGGUCAUGGCCACUCCACUCAUAACCAACAAAGUCACAAUAACCGUGACCUCCCGUCCUAUUUCUCAUCUCCUGUUCGGAAAGUAGCUCCCACCAAUAGUGUUCCUCAGUCGCGUCAAAAUAGCCAGCAGGCUGGCCCAUCUACUAGUCAUUCUUCUCAUUCUGUUCCAGAAUAUGAGGAUGAAAUAGCGCCCUAUGCAACUUUUCAGCUCCCACCCCCUCCAGGUGAAGAAGACAUUGGUGAAACAGAAGAGUUCAAAACUUUCAGUGUUCACCAUGGAGAGCCGCCUUAUUUAACAAAGAGCAGUUUAGACCCUCCAUCAAGUAAAAGUGGUAAAGCUAGUGAAGAAUUAUAUCAAAGUCAAGCUCCUAACAGUCACAGUCUGACAUCCGGUUCAUCUAAUCAAGAGGAGCUGUUGAGAGCCUACGAGUACGCCCGACGGCAUCCCCCUCCGCCGAUUCAGUACGACAACAGCCACAAUCGCGGCCACAGUCACACGAGUGGGACGGGAACAACAGAGUCGGAAGCCACGGAUCCAGGGAUCCGGCAGUUCAGUGGGACUCCUCCGAAACCCAAUGAGCGGCGUCAAGGAGCAUGCCUUACUCCUGGAACACAAACCGGUGCUUCAGGGCAAAACACAGACUCCAGCACAUCCGACGAGGCUACACCUGUGAACACACCUCACCAGGCCAGAAUCAUUCCUACAGGGUUCGGGGCUCUGCCGAGAGACAGGAGUCGGUCGUCGUGGGGAGGACAGAAGGGCAGGAGUCAAUCGGGUGCCAAGAAAUCGAGUUCCAAAGGGAUAAAGAAAGGGCUUUCCAGUGAUGAGAGUGACAGUGAAGGUACUAUUUAUACUUUCAGCCGAGCUGAUACUGCUGCUCUCCGGGGGAGCUCCGGUAAUGACCAAUCGGAGACGGAGUGUGACAGAGAGAGGGUGGCAAGGCUAAGCCGAGGUUUCCCACGCAGACCACCCCAACGGUCUCAGGCGAAAUCGGACAUUAUUGACUGCUGACCAGAGAAGUGCGUCUCCAUAUUGGAGAGGAAAUAAACAACUCUGCUGAUCAGUAGAGCGGGGCGUGAGGGCCCCUCACGCAAAGGGCCCCUUGUUCCCGGUUACGCCCGUCCGGCGACUCCUUCCGUAGAUUAGGGUUGCCACCCUCUGGGUUACAGGUGCGAUGAACAGUGGCAUGGAAUCCAGUAGCCUGUUCUGUUGCUGAAAAAAAAAAAAAAUCUCUAUUCUGUUGUAACGACACAAAGUUUUAUUCUCAGUUCGGAUGGAGGAAUCAAACUGCUGAACUACUCCAAGUAGCAUCCUUUGAUAACAAGAGAAGAAGUGGACAGACUCCGACACGUUUAUAUGAAAUUAUUUUAUUGACUUGAAAAAAAAAAGAAAAGCUCAAAGCAAAACAUGAAUGAGUAAUUUUUAUAUGGAAUUUUGAAUAAAUAAAAUAGGAAUUUAUUAUUACUUUUAAGUUUCCAUUCUGGUCCAUUUCGAGGUCAUUCAUAUGUUUCUAUACUACCAACCAUGCACUCUUGUAAUAUGAGCUUAGCUAAAUGUAAAAUUUAUAAAUUAAAAAAGCAUUUCAUCCAUCUACAGUGGCUACGUCGAGUUGAGUGUGUCAAAGUAUUUUUCUGUGACUGAGCAAAUUGUGUGUUCUCUGAAAGUAUUUUGAUGUUUUGAAGGAGGAUCAUCGGUGAUUGCAACCGUCUUUCAUGCCAAAAUUAAAAUUAUGUUGAUUACAGAAGCCUCGGGAAAAUCCAUUCGAAAUUAAUCCUUAUUAAAUGUAAGAAUUUAGUGCAUUAUUUCAAUGGUUAAUUUGAUAUUUUUUUCUUGGAAUAAACAUUACAUCUAAAUGUAUCUUAAUGUCAUCCUUGAUUUUAUGGUGUUUAGGUGGUUUGCUUGCUGUUAAUUAAUUUUUAAUAAUAAAACUCGAAACAACUUUCUCA